UUCUUGGAUGUAAGAAUAUACUGAAGUCGUACUCCUUUUACUUGAGUUUCAGUUUUUACUUUACCAACAUCUAUGUAAAGGUCAGCAGGAAUGGAAAGAUAUUUGCCAAACGAUUCAGAUCCCGGGAAGGAAACGGAAUUCCCACGGCUGUUCGAAAGAAAACUGUUGGAACUGUUAUCCAAACACGACAGUGCGCAUGCGCUGCAGUGGAGUGACGUGUCUGAACAGUGUCAAACGGGAUGUAAAAAUGAUCGAAAAGGCUCCGGAUAAACCAACGAACCAGGUUAACAGGAGCCAGAACCAGCCGUCCGGAUCGCUGCACAGCCAGGGCUGAACUCGGAACCGAACCGGAGGACCGGGGGAUGUCUCGGAGGCGGCUGGACAGCCGCAGCGGGCUGCUGGCGGAGACCCAGACCCCGAUCAGCUCCGAGCCGCUGGAGAUCGCCUAUGAGGUGACCGGAGAGCUGGGCAGGGGGAAGUUUGCGGUGGUGAAGCGCUGCGUGGAGAAAAGUUCUGGGAAAGAGUUCGCCGCCAAGUUCCUGAGGAAGAGGAGGCGGGGCCGGGACUGCCGGGCCGAGGCCGUCCAUGAGAUGGCGGUUCUGGAGCUGGCCCGGAACAGCCCGCGGGUCGUCAACCUGUACGCCGCCCACGAGACCGACCAUGACCUGGUGCUGCUGCUCGAGUACGCCGCCGGCGGGGAGAUCUUUGACCUGUGCGUGUCGGAGGAGCUGCUGCCUGAGGCCCAGGUGACCCGGCUGAUCCGACAGACCCUGGAGGGGGUCCAACACCUGCACCAGAACCAGCUGGUCCAUCUGGACCUCAAGCCGCAGAACAUCCUGCUGACCAGCCUGGCGCCGCUGGGCGACAUCAAGAUCGUGGACUUCGGCCUCGCCCGCCGCCUGGGGACGGCCGGCGAGCUGCGGGAGAUCCUGGGAACGCCCGAGUACGUAGCUCCAGAGGUUCUGAACUACGAGCCGAUCACCACGGCGACGGACCUGUGGAGCGUGGGCGUCAUCGCCUACAUGCUGGUGACGGGCGAGUCGCCGUUCCUCGGAGACGACAAGCAGGAGACGUACCUGAACGUGUCGCAGGUCAACGUGGACUACAGCCGCGACGCGCUGAGCCGCGUCUCCGAACUCGCCGUCGAUUUCAUCAGGAAGCUGCUGGUCAAGGCGCCAGAGGACCGGCCCAGCGCCACAGAGUGCCUCAGUCACCCGUGGUUGUGGCAGCAGCCGCCGUGCCUGAACCCGGAGCCGGAGCCGGUUCCGGUCCGGCCCGUCCGGGAGCGGAGCUGCGGCACCAAGUGGGCGGCGCCGCUGGAGGACAAGGAGAACUUCCUGGACUCGCCCCAUUCCCACGCCAAGAGGUUCCGCCUGGAGGAGGAGACGGCCGGAGACGGCGACUUCUGAAGACGCCCGAGGCGACACGGCGCGGACGGCUUCUUCUUCUUCUGUUUUAAAUAGUUUUAAGCUUCCAGAAGCUCUAAUCUGCUUCACUGAUCCUCCAAUCCAACCAAAGAUAACAGCUUCCUGUUUCUGUUCAGCAGCGCUGCUGGACGCCUCCUCCACAACGGCUGCAUUGCAGCAUCUAUUUAGGGAAAUCUAUGCAGUUUGAAUCUAUGCCUUAAAGUAGGAAAACCCGUCUGGGUCACCUGGAAGAGCCGCCUGCUGCCGUCACCAGGGAAACCGUUUCCAUCGCCGGCCGCUCCCUGCCAGAUCUCUGCACCCAAACGUAGCUCAGGGUUUAGCUGUAGAGCAGCUGAUGUUCGCACGCUGCGCCGCACGCCGUUUCCUGUCAGGACAUACGGCGGCUAACAGGUGCAGCUAUCACCGAAAACUAGCUGCAAAAACUUGAACGAUGAAACUCCAAAACAAAAAAGAAAAACUCUACGAAGGAAACAAGCAAAAUGGAAAACAGCAAAGACAUCCGGUAUGAAACGUUGUAAACUCAGUCCUCCGCUCCACUAGGGGGAGCCUGGAGUCGGUAAUAUUACCUACGAAAAUAUGCUGCUGUUCUAUGUUAUAAAAAACUGUAUUUGAAAAAGAUGUGAAGUAUUUCUUCCUCCCUCCAACUUUCCCUCCAGAUGGUUUGGUGGUCGGCGCCCCCUGGUGGUCUGGAGGGUUUCAGUGGAGGAGUUAGCAGAGUUUCUGUUUCCUGUAGUCGGGUCGUUUGAGUUUUUCUGAUUGUUAGUUUUUGUGUUUCAGUCAGUUAGCAUCAUGUUUUCAUCGUGUUCGCGCUGCCCAGCCGCCGUACGUCGCUUCCUGCGUAGCACUUACUUCCUGUGCAGGAAGGAAGGGGCGUGUCUGAAGCCAUUCCAGAGUGAUUAUCUCAGGGCGCCGCUCCGCCUGCCACUGGCCUGCCACUGUUGUUAUUAUUAAUGUUAUUUAUGUGCUGGACUGAUUCUGGAUGUUUUAUGAAACGAUGAGCUCAUGUCUUAAUGUUGGCUGAUUGUGGAGGGAAGCAGCUGAUUGAGGAGGCUUUUAUGCUGAAAGGAACUGAGGGAAGUAGAAAUGUGUUGCAGGACGAAUCUGAAAGAUUUGAGUUGUUGGGCAGCUGAAGGAGAGAAACGAGGGAGCAGAGGAAGUGAGAGAGGCGGCGUGCCACAGCGGCUGACCUCAUGACCUCACCGCGGGGCACAAAGGGCUCUGUGAGGACGCCCCGUCCCGGGACGUCCCGCGCCACCGCCGCAGGGAGCCGGUCUGACAUCAGCUGCUUCGCUGGGCCUCCAUGUUUGUUCUGCUGAUUCCUCCUGUUCCAGUCAAAUCAGCCACAAGCACAGAGACCAACGGCUGAAAGGAUGUAACUUUAUUUUUAUUUGUUUUUAAUGUUUGAGCGUAAUUACAUUUUCAACAGAAGAAAUAAUCUGUAAUCUGAUAACUGCUGGCUAAUCUGUAAGUGUCACACAGCAAACUGGAAAAGCUCAUUAAAGUUGUAGAAAACAG